UCUUGGCUGGUCCCAGGGGAUCGGUGGCGUGGAAAGCCCAGCGCAGACAUGGGGUGGAAGGCUAGAAGGGGAGGGGGGUGAAGGGGUCAGGCAGCUGCGGAGCCCAGUGGAGCCCGCAGAGGAAACCGGUGCCCCAGGGCGUUGAGGAAGUCCCGGUAGGGAGCCCCGCAUGUCCCCCGCCUGCCCGCCCCCAGGACAUGGAGAGCGAGCGGGAGACGCUGCAGGUGUGGAAGGAGCGCGUGGAGCAGGAGCUGGACCGCGUGGUAGCUUUCUGGGUGGAGCAUUCCCACGACCAGGAGCACGGGGGCUUCUUCACGUGCCUUGGCCACGACGGGAAGGUAUUUGACGACCUCAAAUAUGUCUGGCUGCAAGCGAGGCAGGUGUGGAUGUAUUGUCACUUGUACCGCCAUUUCCAGCGCUUCCACCAAUCUCAACUUCUGGACUCAGCAAAAGCAGGGGGCGAGUUUCUGCUGCGUUGUGCGCGUGUGGCUCCUCCUGGCAAGAAAUGCGCGUUUGUCCUCACUCGGGACGGCCGCCCAAGCAAGGUGCAGCGGACCAUCUUCAGCGAGUGCUUUUACACCAUGGCCAUGAACGAGCUGUGGAGGGUCACAGGGGAUGUGCGGUACCAGAAUGAGGCAGUAGGCAUGAUGGAUGAAAUCGUCCACUGGGUGCGGGAGGACCCCUCUGGGCUGGGCCAGCCCCAGCUCUCGGGCGCCCCCGCCGCGGAGCCCAUGGCGGUGCCCAUGAUGCUGCUCCACCUGGUGCAGCAGCUCAGCGAGGACGAUGCCGAGCUGGCAGGCAAAUAUGGCGAGCUGGAGGACUGGUGUGCCCACAGGAUUCUGCAGCACGUCCAGGGUGGACAGGUUGUGUUGGAGAAUGUGUCAGUGGAUGGCAAGGAACUUCCCGGUUGUCUAGGAAGACACCAGAACCCAGGCCACGCAUUAGAAGCGGGCUGGUUCCUGCUACGUUAUGCCAGCCGGAAAGAGGAUCCCAAACUUCGAGCCCAUAUCAUUGACAAGUUCCUCCUGCUGCCCUUUCACUCGGGAUGGGACGAGGAGCACGGAGGCCUCUUCUACUUCAAGGACGCUGACGGUCUCUGCCCUACCCAGCUGGAGUGGGACAUGAAGCUCUGGUGGCCACACUGUGAGGCCAUGGUUGCCUUCCUUAUGGGUUACCGUGACAGCGGGGACCCUGCUUUGCUGCGCCUCUUUGACCAGGUGGCUGAGUACACCUUCCGCCAGUUCCGCGAUUCCGAGCGUGGGGAAUGGUUUGGCUAUCUGAAUCGAGAGGGGAAGGUGGCGCUGACCAUCAAGGGGGGUCCUUUCAAAGGCUGCUUCCACGUGCCCCGGUGUCUAGCCAUGUGCGAGGAGAUGCUGAGCUCCCUGCUGAGCCGCGUCGCCACGGACCCCGACCCCAGCUGCUCCCCUUCUUCGGUCCCCGCCCGCGGAGGCGCGAAAUAAAAUAGCUUGAUCCACC